AAAGCGACCGCAAUGACUGCCCCAUGACGGCACCCCGGCAACGUAUUUAAGGUUCCGCGGUUCGCUGCUGGAGGCAGAGCGUGUGGCGCUACACCACACCACACUAGCAGCUUGACCUGAAGCAGACGACAGACUACGCCAUGUUCCGCCUGUCGUUGCUGGUGCUAGCGAUGGCGGUGACGGUCGCCUUCUGCAUCCCCGCAGACGUCGAUCCACAGCCAGAGGAAGCCCAGGAGACGCUGGGAACCGCCGAGUCUGCGUGGGGCGGCCGCGGCUGGGGCGGCUGGGGCGGCCGCGGCUGGGGAGGCGGCUGGGGCGGCAGAGGCUGGGGAGGCGGCUGGGGCGGCAGAGGCUGGGGAGGCGGCUACGGGGGCAGAGGCUGGGGCGGCGGCUGGGGCGGCGGCGGCUGGGGAGGCCGCGGCUGGCACUACGGCUGAAGCUGAAGCCUCACCUGCCACUGUUACUCACUCACUGUUGCUGCCAAUAAACUGCUCUCUGUUUCCACUCUAA